CGUCAAUGUGACAGUUUGACUUAUGUUUUCUUCUGUUGCACUUUCAUUUCCAGGAUUAAACGAGUAAACAUCAGUUGACCUAAAAGUUUUUGAAUUUUUUAUCUUUUUUAAACCUAGUUAAAUAUUUCCGUGACUAUGAAAGUUUAGCCACAGGCUUCUGACAACAAAAAUUGAUAAUUGACACGCAAUCGUUUUAACUUCUAAUAUUGCUUUCUUUAAUUACACGUUUUGAUAUUUUUGAGGUGUUUCUGAGCAAGAAAUAUAAUAUCCGGAAUGGCGAAAAUAUUCGAUAAAAUGUUUAUCAAUGUUCUUAUUAUGGGAUUUGCUUUUAUGCUCGUAUUUACUGCUUUUCAAACCUGCGGUAUGAUUGAGAACAUUGUCAUCAAAAGUAUGAACAAACAGUAUACAAAUUAUGAUGGAGAUGGAUAUAUCAGUUUAGCCAUAGUUUAUGCUGUAUUUGCCAUUUCAAAUUGGAUUGCUCCUUCGAUUAUAAGUAUUCUUGGUGCAAAGAUUUCUAUGUUAAUUGGUGGAUUCUGCUACAGUCUUUUCAUUGGAAAUUUUUUCUUUCCCCAAACGUGGAUUUUGUACCUUGCUUCAGUUAUUAUAGGUUUUGGAGCAUCUAUUUUUUGGACUGGCCAGGGAAAUUUUUUGACAAUAAACUCUGAUAGUGAAACUAUGUCUAGAAAUAGUGGUGUAUUUUGGGCACUACUACAGUGCAGCUUAUUAUUUGGAAACAUAUUUGUUUAUUUUAAAUUUCAAGGUAAAGAAGAAAUUGACGAAAAAACUCGAUAUGUAGUGUUUGGAGUCCUUUUAGUUGUUUCACUCAUUGGAUUGGCACUGCUGUUAUUCCUAAGAUAUAACAAAAGCUCUUCCAUUAAUAUUCAAAACAGUGAAGUUUCUGGAACGGCAGGUGCUAUAGAUGAAUUAAAAAAAGCUGUCAGUCUCUUAAAGACAAAAGAAAUGAUGUGUCUUGCUAUUACAUUUUUAUAUACAGGUUUUGAGCUGUCAUUCUUUAGCGGAGUGUAUGGUACUGCUGUUGGAUUCACUAAUCAACUUGGUGCUGAUGCCAAAAAAUUUGUUGGAAUUUCAGGAAUUUGCAUUGGAAUUGGGGAAAUCAUAGGAGGUGCUCUCUUUGGUAUUCUUGGAAAGAAAACCAAUAAAUUUGGCAGGGAUCCAGUUAUUCUGUUAGGUUUCAUAGUUCAUGUCUUAACGUUUUUUGCCAUAUACAUUAAUCUGCCUGCAAAAUCACCUUUCUUGGAUUCACCGGUUAUUCAACCUACUAUUAUUCCCAGCAGUGUUGCAUUGGCAAUGAUCUGUGCUUUUGGUUUAGGAUUUGGAGAUGCGUGCUACAAUACUCAGAUAUAUUCCAUUUUGGGAUCAGUGUAUUCUGAAGACAGUGCUCCAGCCUUUGCACUAUUCAAAUUUUUCCAGUCAAUUGCUGCUGCCAUUGCCUUCUUUUAUUCAACAAAGUUAAUUCUCCCUUUCCAACUGUUGAUUCUUAUAAUAUUUGCUGUUAUGGGUACUUUUACAUUUUGGUAUGUUGAAUGGACACAAUAUAUUGAAAGCACGAAGAAAACUGUUAAUUCUAAGCAAGAAGUUGGGCAAGAAGUAAAAUGAUGACAUUGUUAUAUUUAAUGAAAUUAUUUUUAUUUUGUAAAUUUAAUAAAUAUAUUUUUGUUCUAAAUUCUAUUAUAACUAAGAGCAAUUGUUACAAAUGUAUUUAUUAAAUGUAAAUAAAUAGUAUUUUUAUUUUUAUUAUACUUCUUGAUUGAGGGAUAAUUUUUUUACCGUGAAUACUGAUUCAACUCUAUUGCUUUGUAAUUAAAAUUCAAAGAACAUAAUGAAUAUAUAUAGCUCUCCUUCAUAUAUCAAACUAAGCUUAUGUUUGAGUCAAAAAAAAAAAAAAUAUGUACAUUUAUAUCUAGUUAGUGCAUAUUUACAAUUUUUUUUUGUGUCAAACCUUAUUUUAUUUCUUUUGAAUUUAGAUUUUUUUUAAACAAGGUAUUGACUAAUCAGCCAAAUUUAGUUCCUACUUUUUGACUUUUACAGUACUGUUCAAAACUUCAUUUACAUGCUCUUCAGAUGUCUCUGUAAUUCAAAUAUGAAAUAAUUCAUGAACUAGAGAGCUUUAUUUAUUAACUAGAUACUUAAUAUAACCCUUAACUAACUAGUAUAGAACUUUUUAAUUUUUCUAAAAAGUUAUAUUGUGUACUUUUAAUACUUAAGUAUAUUGAAUGUUACAUAUAUGCGCCAACUUUUACACUUACAACACAAGUUUUACCUAAAAAAAUGAAAAAAAUUAUAAUUUUAUAUUCAGUUUUUGGUUUAUUAAAUUUGAUUUAAAAUUAUUAUGACUGCUAUGUUAUUUAAUUAAAUCAAAUAUGUAUGAAACACCUGUUGUGUGAUAUUUUUUAGAUCUGAAAAACAUUUUUAGAUCUGCAAAAAGACUGCUUUAAAUUGUUGCUUAAUAACUAUAAAAAAAUCUUUAUCAAAAAGCUCUUAAGUUUACUCGGUAAUAUUUAAUCAAUAAAAAAUAUUGCUUAAUUUUAUAUUGACUAUUAAAGGCUAAAAAUAAUCAGGAAAUUAAAUCUCCCUUUAUAAAAAUCAUGAAUUCUCACUUUCAUCAAAAUUAAGUAAUUCAUAUAAGAAUAAGUAUUAAAAACUGUUUGGUUGAAAAGAUAAAUAUUCAAGCUUUCAAAUGAUCUGAUUCUUAAAUUUUUCUUUUUUUUAUAAACAAUUUAAUUUUACUUUGAAUUGCAAACACAUCUGGAACACUUUUCUCAUCUAUCUGAUCUGUUCCUAACGUUAUGAAUUUGUACGUUCACUGAAAUGACAUAAUAUAACAACAUAAAUUGUACUGUUAUUAAAAGUUUUAGGGGUACUUGUAAAUUUAAAAAUUGUUUUUCACUUUUAUCGUUUGUUACUGUUUUUCUUUUACGACAACUCAAAAUGUAUUAGCUUCAGUAUUGUUUUUUUUUAUUCUUUCAUUUUAAAGUUCCAUGUAAUUGAAGAAAGUUUCCUCACUUUUUAAUUAAAAGUUUUCUUAUAAGUUGAAUUCUUUAAUUAGAAUUUAUUGCAAAUGAAAUGUUAGUUAAAAUGUCUUCAUUAAUGGUGCCAGUAAGCACCUUAUGUUUUUAAAAAGUCUAUUAUUUUGAUUAAGUUUGGUACUAAAUAUUUCGUUUUUGUAUACCUGAUCUAUAUGAUAUCAAUCUGUGAUAGUUUCUUAUAAAGUUUACACACUGAAAUAAAUGUAAAUAUAAAUGUGUCGUACAUAGAAUAAGUUGUAUCUGUAGUAUUUACUUUUUUUUAAUGUAAAUUAUCGUAGAUAAAACAUCUAUAUUAAAUAUUUUGUGGGGAUAGUGUUUGGGAUGAAUUUUUUACCUUUUAUAUCUGUCUCAAAAAUUUGAAAACUGUAUGACAUUUUUAUUGUCACUUAGAUCAAUUGAUGCAUUAUGACUGUUUUAAAUGCAUCACUUUUUAAAUAAUUUUUAUAAAGUGUACUUAUUUAUCAUUUAGUACAUUAUUCAUGUUGACAUUCUUUGUAUUUUUAAGAGCUUAAUAAAAAUGUUUUUAUUGAAA